AUGCCACCUCAAAUCAGUCGUGAGACUGCUGCUCGGCAGCCCCCUCCCGAAAACUCCUACCUUGCCUAUAAACGCGACACAAGACAUCUCCUCUACUGGGUGAUCAAUACUUCCAACUCCAUUGUCAAGAGAUACCCGACUUCUCAGGAUGAGGUGCCCUUGUCGGUCAGGGUCGACGUCAAUACCUCUGGCCAAACGACGGUCGCGGAACUUGUCGCGAUGGGCCAACUGAUCGCUCGACACAUGCGCAAAGUACCACAAGGCAUCGUGCACCUACUUCGGUCCGUCAUCUCAGCUCGAUCUCUGCAUUAUGAACAAUUUCAGAUGUUUGCCAGUGCCUAUCCAGAUGCCGACCUCGUGAAGAGCAACUCUUCCCACAAGCACUUCAUCGAUGCUCUCACCGAUAUCCUCAAGGAAUUCGGUGGCACCAUUCAGCCAGACACCGAAGCAACCGAAAGCUUCGACGUAUGCCAACAGGAUGUCGAAGAGAUGCUUUUUUCCAAUCGGUUCUCUGUUUUGAGCAUCAACAGAGUCGACGGCGACAUGGAGUCUGACGAAGAUUCGGCCGACGAGUCACGCCCGCCAGCUCAUCAGCAGGCCGCAAAGAAGAUUCGCAAGGGCAAGAAGAAGCAAUCAAAGAAGUCGAACCGCAAAGGUGGUCCUCGGACGGCUUCGGACUCGGGUCUGGAGAACGUCCCUAUGGAGAGCUACCGACUUCUAGAGGGCGAUGACUGUCUUCUGUACAUCAUGGCAGUAUUUUCACUUCGACACCAGUGGUUACAUCUGAGACGCCAGAUCAGAGAGGCUUGGAAUGAAGUCGCUUACGAAGACUUGAACAGCGCCGUUGCUGUCGGACUGUCCAAGAUCGCAGUUGUCCUUGUGCAAAAGACGGCUUUGGAGAUCUUCGUCGAGUUUCCAGGCAGAGAUUCAUUCGAAACGAUUAUCGACUGCGUCAAUCGCAAUGUCAUCGGCGGAAGAGACCUCAAUCUAAUCUAUUGCGAUGAAGGAUCAGUUGAUGCUCAAGAGUUGAACAUGAGCUACGCCUACCGAGACCUUGUGUCUUUCAUCGAAGACUUCCGCAAGGCGGGUCGAACAGGAAAGCCAACGAAAGCGUUGCAAGUCCAGCUUUAUUGGAACCCAGAAUUCGAUAUCCUGAGCGCCACCGACGAGGAGAGAAUCUGUUGGCGUCGUGCUUACACCAUCAACUGGCUCUAUGAUCUUGUCAAUGUCUACUCUGCACCGUACUUUGAGCAUGGCAUAGCGCACCGCGACCGCAAAAAGGGUAAACUCGAAAAUGUGGACUGGAAAGUGAAGGGCCCUUGGGAAGAUCAUCGAUGUCUGUUCGGUUUGGACGACUUUGCCGCCGUCAUAACCUCUCUUGCCAUGCAAAAGCCCGGAGCAGAAGUCGCCAGAAAAGUCUUGCCGCACCAUGUUUUCCAACUGCAGUGCAUCUUGGACUCCAUGACCGAGUCCAAGGGAUGGUCCUUUGAAGGGGUCGGGGAGACACACUCUCUUACGGCGGCCGCCGAGAAUUUCAGCCCAAAUCGGGACCUCCAAAUGUUCCUUUUUGCUACCCCCGACAGUAACCGGUAUGGAUAUUUUAAGUGUCUCCGUCUGAUAGUCGAUUAUCUCCUCUGCGAUACCUACGAACACGGUUGGGAUAACCGUCAUUACCUCAAGACCCAUACGUUGUCUAACCUUGAAAAGGACCUACGCAAGCAUCUUGGUAGGUCUCCGCUUGCGGAUACUCAGUCAGCAAGCCCAGGAUCCCGGUUCGCAGCCACCAAUGCCAACGGCCUCUGGGAAUACUCGCCCUAUCUGUGCGGAGAGGGCCUCGCCGAAGCUCUCCAACUUGCAUACCUGGCUAGUAUGUGGAUUUGGGAUAAUGUCGGCGAGUUGACUAUGAUGGUUCAUUUGUACAACAUGCUGGUGCAGAAGGGUUACAUGGCCGUCCGGAUUCCGCUAUACGAGGUAUUCCUCGACCAUUUCAAGGAUGCUGUGUUUGCCAAAGGCAUUGUACCCACGUCUAGGUUCUCAGAGAGUCUCUUGAACCGAAUGGGAAGGCAUAACGUGGAACUUUGCCGGAUCAAGCGCACGGAAAAGAUCAUACCCCCGAAAGACUGCAAUGUCUACAGAGUCGAUCGGUGGUUUCACGAAAAGAACAAUUUCUACAAACGGAAGUCGCUGCUACUACUUCUUGCUGACGCAGACUGGAAUCCGAGUCGCAUCCCCGAUACCGAAAUUGCCCUUGGUUCACAUCUUGCGUACUACCGAUUGCAGAAGGCCAGAAAGGUUAUCGACCCCGAAACUGGCAAUACACAACUUGAGGGGACCGUGCUUGUGCAAAGGCAUGUAGAGGGAGGUUUCGACAAAGGCGAGCUACUUGUACGCAUGUCAAAGAUUCAACACACUCUUGACGUUAUCCACGCCGCGAUCGAGAGCAAGAGUAAUGCGUGGUUCAUAACACCCAGGGAACACUCGGAACUUACCGGUUUGCUGGGCCCAGCCAAAGAAGAUCUUAUCAACGACAUCUGCGGCUCUUUCCCUCUUUCCGGAAUGGACUUCAUGCAAAUGGGCAUUUUCAUUGGCACGACAAUAUGUCACUUCGAAAAGGUUUUGGAACAGCAUGGCAACAAGUUGUUCAAGGAAGCCUACCUGCCGGGUGCACCGUGGGCCUUCAUGAAGAAAGCAAAGCUGCUGAACCUAGCCCUUCAAGGAAAUGACGAAGAGUGCUUAAAGGCAAUGGCAGGUCAGAUGCAGAUGAAGUUUUUACUCGAUCACAGUCUGGUGUACUGGGAGAAUGUGGAGCAUCCGCGUGAGAGAUUGGUCAGAAAAGUUCUCAAGACGUACAACAUGGAGACGAUGGAAGAAUUUCUGAACUAUUUCAAACAGGAGUUUCUAGACAAACUUCUUUAA